GGUGACGAGGAAAUAGACAGGUAAAGGGGGCGGGGCAGCAGAGCACACAGGUGAGAGUUCUGCCGUCACAUCCAGGAAGAGGGGGGGAUGGAGAUGUCUGUUACCGGAGGAGACACGUAAAUCACAGACAGGUGGCGGCACUUAUGUCCUGUAUGAAGUAUUGACAUCUUAUGGGGAACCUGGCGACCCGCUGCAUGCCAGGACCGAGGAAGUCUUGAAUGUCUAAACCUCUCCAAACAGAAGGAUGACCUCGUCUGCCCGGCCUCUGACGGACGUGGAUUUCUGUUCUGGUUCUCGUAUCGAAGAGAUAAACAAACUCCUGGAGGAGCUGGAGAGGAGAGAGAGCAGCACCCUGCAGGAGAAGGAGGUCCUGCAGAGCUGUGUGCAGGCCAAGGACCUCAUCUUCUCCUUAGUAGGUCAGAUCCAUCCUCUGCCAUCUCCGAACGCCUUCCUUCUCCUCUCCGGUGGACUGUGCUCUGGACUUCUUGAUGUUUCCCCAACUGAUUUAGGAACACGGACCCCCUUCAUUUCGUACUCCAUCUCCUAUACACUCCUAGUCCCCAUCCUUCGUCUACCAUCCCCCGAUGUCCUGUCGCAGCCAUGUCCAUGUCAUUACCACCUUCCCAUAUCUCUCUGGGAGAAGCCACAUCCAGAGCUCGGCUCUGACGGCCCGCACCUCACCCCAGACCAUGUAUCUCAAUGGUUUCUGCCUUCUUUCCUCUCAGCGGUGUCCAGCCUCCGUGAUUCCUCCCCUCCUCUGACCCUAGAGAGGGCUGAUGUGUGGGGUAACUGUGCCUCCAUCUUGCUGUCUACAUCUAGUGCCCUCCUCAUUCGCUUUGACAUUGUCCCCGUAGUGGAAGUUCGGGGUUGGCCCCCAGGGGCUCAAUAUCUAGAUGACUGGUUAGGUGAAGAUGGAGUCCCACCUCAGGUGUUCCAUCUUCUCCCAUGGGGAGCUGAGGGACAGUGGAGGGUGGGCUUCCCAGGUGUUGAGCUUUACAUGCGACGAUACUUACACCCAACACAGUCCAGGGUGCUAAGAGCCUCCAUGGCUGUGUUGGGGCCCAUACUCCAACAGCACGGAGGUCCAGGUCCAUAUAUAUUAUGGAUCACCCUCAUCCACGCCUGUGAGAGGCUACCACAAGGGUACCUGUGCCAAGGGCAGAAUGCGGCCUCCUGUUUUCUUGGGCUUCUUGAGGAGCUUUCCCUGUCCUUCCUUCGAGGCUCAUGCCCCAACCCAUUCUUACCAGGAUGUGAUCUGCUAUUGGGCUCUGCCCAGGGCCACUACCUUGCCCGUAAGGUGUCCGAGGUAAGAACACAGCCAGUAUACUACCUCCGUGAGGUGGUGAGGGAGGCCAAGGAGGUGGUGAGGGAGGCCAAGGAGGUGGCGAAAGGGGAGAAGGUGGAGAAGGAGGAUAUUGAGGAGGAGGAGGAGGAAAGGGGGUCCAGCUGUUACCCCAGCUAGGGUAAUGAUACCCUCAAAUAGCACUACAGUGGAACCUCUGAUUGCAAGUAACGCGGUUAACAAACGUUUCUCAAUAGGAGCGCUGUAUUUAAAAAAAAUACUAACUUGGUUUGCAAGUGUUGUGUCGCAAAACGAGAAGGAUAUAGGCCAAAGAGGGGUGCAGUACUGCGUUUGGCCUGGGGUGGGGGGCGCCUGUGCCAUUUGGGAAUGCUCGGAAAGACACGGAAACA